GUUUACUCGUUACUAAUUGGAUUGAACUAAAAAGUGAAUGAAUAUGGUGGCCAGUGAGAUGGGGAGUUUUGCCAAUGGAUUUUUGUUUGUAGCAAACAUGCUAAACACAGUGACCAUAGACAAACUAGUGGUACCAGACCUGGUGCAAGCUGGCAACGUCGCAAUAUUGGACUGCCAAUACACUGUCUUGGACGAUAAAUUUACUCUGCAGUGGUUGUUUAAUGGCAGCGAAGUGUAUGAGUGGAGACCUGGGACGAAGCCUAGCGUUGGUGGAAUUUUGGAUGGACGUUUGGAUGUGGAUUAUAAAGUUUCAAAUGGAAGCAAUCGAGAGCAUCACCCACUGCGCAUAGUGCAAGCAACUCCCGAGUUAAGUGGCGACUACACGUGUCGCAUCCGACACGACUCCGGCGCCAACGCAAGCAUAACUGCGACGAUGCUGGUUUUCAGUCCUGAGAGCGAGUUUGUUUUGGAUGUGCAGCAUGAUGGCGCCAACAACAAUACUUUGAACAUUAGAUGUAUCGCUCGAGGGCUGUAUCCACAACCGGAUUUAACUCUAGAAUACAAUCAUUCCCCGGUCGCUCAGCAGCAGCGCGUAUGGCGUUCAGGCGGGCUGUUCUCUGCAGAAACAUACACACGAUUGCGCGCACGUCGCGGCCGCGCCGUGUGCCGAUUACAGCUGCCGCUCGCCGGCUACGCAGCCAUGCGGUCCUACGUACCAGAUAACGAGACAAAAAAUGCGCCGAGCGACGCACCGUCCCGCAUUUACUCUUCUAUAACUUUAAGUGUCGCCACAGUAACGAUAGGCCGCAUUUUUAGAUAAUCAGAUGUGUGAAUCGCUAUAAUAAUAAAUAAAUAACGGAAAAUAAUAAAUAUUGAGUGA